AUGUAUCUCAACUAUUCAAACUGCUGUAGUACUGAAGUUCAGAAAAAUUCAGGCAGAAGUUUGAACGAAGAUCAAGUUAUACAAUUGCUGGGCGAUGUAAACUUCUCCGACAUCGAAGAUUUUGAGGACGACGACGAUGAAAUCCAACCCAGCACUUUCGAAAAUCUUCAGUUGGAUGAUCCAGAGCCUGAACCACAGCCGUCUGUAGCACCGGAGCCGAAACCGAUGCAAGAUACUCCUGGACCAUCACAACUAACUCCGCGCCCUCGAUCUUUACGGCCACCUUCUCGAAAGAGAGUUUGGAAGCAGAAAAUUUUGUAUCAUGUUGCCAAAGGCACGAAUUAA